CCCGCCCGCCCCUCGGGAGAAGGCAGCUGGGGAAGAGAGCUCCGGGAGCCUCGCCGCGGAGUCUUCCGGGAAUUCCGCGCGUCUCGCCUCACCUGGCGAAAGGAAGAGGAGAAGCGGGACGCACAGCCUUCGCUUUCGGCUUCAGCCUCCCUUCUCCUUCCCUUCCCUUCGGCGCCUCUCUCUCUCUCUCUCCCUCUUUCUGUGUCCUUGGAGAGCCACGGCUGGCGGGGAAGAUGGCCACCGGGGGCUACCGGGCCGCCUCUUCCACCCCGAACCCCACCUCCACCACCACGGACUUCUUGGAGGAGUGGAAAGCCAAGCGGGAGAAGAUGCGCGCCAAGCAGGCGCCCCCGCCGCCCGAGCCCAAAGCCCCGGGAGCCCCCGCCGCCGCCGCCGCCACCACGGUUGCCGAGCUGAACAAUAACAGCGGAGGAGGAGGAGGAGGCGCGCCCCCGGAGCCCCCCGCGGGCAAAAGCGGGGGCCCCGAAGAGAAGGAGGAGCAGGAGAAGGAGAAAGCCGCCUCCGCCAAGGGCAAGGGCGCCUCCGGCCCCAGCGCCCGCAAAGGGAAAGGGCAGAUCGAGAAGAGGAAGCUGCGGGAGAAGAGGCGCUCCACAGGUGUGGUGAACAUCCCGGCCACCGAGAGCUUGGAUGAAUAUGAUGACGACGAAGCAGGACAGAAGGAACGUAAAAGGGAAGAUGCAAUCACACAGCAGAACACAAUGCAGAAUGAGUCAGGCAGUGCAGACUCAAGCGCCUCAUACAUAUUACAGGACACCUCUAGGACAAUUUCAAAUAGAUGUAAAAGCACAACAAACACGUCAGAUGAUGAUGUUUCUAGUAGAUUUUCACGAGCAGCAGACAGAACAGGAUAUAACAGAUAUAACAGAGAUACAAAUUCCUCUGGGAACAUCAUACCAAACAAUUCUUUGGAAAAGAAGAUUGAAGAACUUGAAAAGGAGCUAGCAAAAGAGAGACAAGAAAACCUAAGGCUCGUAAGAAUAGCACAAGACAAAGAAGAGCUGAUUGGGAAACUGAAGGAGGAAAUUGAUUUAUUAAACAGGGAUUUAGAUGAUAUAGAAGAUGAAAAUGAGCAAUUAAAGCAAGAAAAUAAGACACUCUUAAAAGUUGUUGGACAGCUGACAAGGUAGAAGAUAGAAGCCUCAAUGAGGAAUGAAGUAUGAAAACUACUGAUUGAAUGUUUAAAGAUCAAGGGGGUAGAAUAUUUCCUUUACUGCAAUAUGUCAACACAACUGUCUUUGUAUUUAUUAUUAAGAGAGGGAGGAGAAAUAAUGAAUGUUUGACGUAAUGCUUUCUUCAUUUGGUGUAAUAAAACCAAGCAUUAUAAGUGCUUCUAAACUCAUUCCCUUGUAUUGCCCAAGAUAACUAAUUCAGAUACUGACUUCUGGAAAGCAACAUGUUCUUGAAUUUUCUAUGUGUAACUUUAGAUUAUAUGUAUAUAGCCCAGUUUUUUUAAAACUACCUGAUCAACAAGAUGACACUUUGUUCUGUAUGGAUAUACUACUUAUGGGGGUUGCUCGCCUUCCCUAAAUGAAAGGAAGUAAUAGGAGUAAACUUUGUUUACAUGGAUUCAAAGUAUAUAUUUUGGGAGAGAUUUCCUAUUUGUGUAACAGUUGUAAAGUGUGGGUGCCUUACUAUAGUAUUGAUCUGAAAUAUUUUAGAAAUGGGUUAUUCUACAAAAAAAAUCUUGUAUUUUGUGAUUUUAUUUUUUACUGUAUCUGAAAUGUUGACAACAGUAGAUAGUAUUUUUCUUGUAUAGCUGCUCUUUGACAGACAGACAUUUUAUAAAAUAUCUGUAAAUCACACCUCCCUUUCUCCACCAAUAAUUGCCAGUGUCGUUUUUAGGAAAAUGCCCAUACUGUGGGUAAAUCACAAUGCUUUCUUGGUCCACAGGAAAAGGGGGUACUUUUUUAAAAGAGUAUUUUUCUAUCUGCAAUAAAUGAAGGCCUGGUUCUGACAGGAAAAAAUACAUCUGGAUCUCCACAUUUGCGGGUUUAACUUUUGCAGAUUUGCUUAUUCACAUGUUUGAUUAAUAUGUUCAGUCGUGUUGGAAGAUGUAGAGAUUCCUUGAGAGAACACUUCUAAGUAUAAUUCUUUUGUCAACCUCCACUGGACAUUAACCACAGAGUUGCACUGGAGUAUCCAGAGAUUCCCAGAGAAGUGUCUCACAUUAAAAAAAGGUUUCUUGUUUUGAAAAAAAUGUUGUUCUAAUACUUUGGUUGGGGGAGGGGGGCAAGGUGGGAGAGAGAGUCCCGUGCUUCUGAUCCCCAGGAAAGUGGAGGGCCUGUUAAAGUGCUUUAUUGGACUCCAAACAAGAAGUUCUCCUGGUUUACUAUGUAGUGCUUAUUGAUUUGGAUGCAAAAGAAAACUAAAGCUUAAUAAACUCAGGGGAAAGGCAAAAUAUAAGUUUUUAAUCCAAUGAACAAUAUUGGUUAGAUGAAGACUAUGAUAUCUAAUCAGAGACUAUAUGAUAAUGGCAUGUUGUGGUGUGCUUGGGAGAUUUCUCUAAUGCUAGCAUCAAGCUAUAAUAAAUCAAGGAUGCCACAUUCAUUCUAAAAUGGAUGCAUCAGGACCUUGCUUGAUUCAUAUAAUUUGUUGACGACUAUAGUUUACAAAAGGGAAGUUUGCGAUUUUGGAGUCCUCUAAAAGUAUUAAAAGAAAAACAUCUGUUCUAGAACAGCACUGAUUCUUGUUGAAAUAAAGUACACUACAUGUCCAGUUCUGUUAUACAUCAAUAUCAUUUGUCUGUAUUAUCAUUUUAUGUUAUGAACAAUGGAAUAGUUAAACCACUGAAAGAAUUAAUGUAUUUCCAGAAUUCCAAGCCAUUUUUAAACUUGAGUCAGCUCUGUGGUCUUCAAGAAUAUGAAAUAUGUCCUGCAUAACCAGUUCCUGUUGAGUGCAGCACCUGUGAUUUAGAACAGACACAAAAUGUAAAAAUCCUUUAGAAAGAAAGCCUUUAGAAGUUUCCAUGUCAUCUUAGUGCACUGAUUCUUAAAGUGUGUGGUAUGAAAACUACCAUGUUGCAUCAACUCCCCUCUGAGGGGGGUCUUCCUGUCCAAAAUUACUCUUCUUUCCUUGCCAAUGCAUUGGAAAUAACAUUCUUAGUUCCCUCUCAAGGGAAGGAUUAAGAGAGUACAGGGAACCACAAUGCAGGCUAUCCCACCACUGGCAGGUAUGAAGAAAUCUAAGAAUAUCACCAUCAUUCCAGUGUUCUGUAUGACUCAAAAGAAGGGGUAGAGUCUCAGCUAUCAAUAUUUCCUAGUGCAACAUAUCUCUACUUGGUGCCCUCUAGCUAUCAUAAUUGCCACCCAACAUCCAAGGUAUUGCACACAUUGGGAUGAUGGAGGCUGAAAGCGCCAUGAUGGGAAAAGUAUGUCACAGCACUGAUUCAGCCAUGUUCUUAAUUAACAGCCACUUUUCAAGGCAGUGGGCAAAGAGGUAUUUUUUGUCUUGCUUCCUGAAUAUUGGACCUGAGACUGUCCUCUUGCAGCCGUUGCCUUGCCAGUUUUUUAGCCUACGAAGCUUCAUACUGUGGUACUCCUUCAAAUUCAGGUUAAUUGUAAUGAAUUUCAGUGGCAGCUAAAAGGCUACAUUUUUCCUAAUUUUGGAAUGUUGACUGUUUCAUAAAUUGCACAUGUUUUGACAGUUUGUACAAAUGAAUCAUUUCAAAAGAUGCACAUCAUUCCGGGUAUUUCCAAAUGGUACAGCUAGAUUUUUCCACAGAAAUGACAGAUUGAUUAUAUGGAUAACUUCAAUUAAAACUUGCUUAUAAAUAAAGAAUGUCAACUAC